GUAUAAAAAGCCUGACGAGUUGAUCCUCGCCAUUCUCAACAACCCAUCCGAGAGAGCGGAUAGAGAGAGUUUAUACUUUACGAAGUCAACAACACGUUAACAAACGAAAAUGUGCCUCGAACGUCCAUUUGAAGCCACACUUGGCGAAAAACCACUGUCAAUGACGGAUUUAUCUCAGCAGAAAGCCUACGAUUUCGACUUCAAGUACGGACAGAAGCCCUAUGAUGCGCUGGACUUCGCAUUUGACUUGAAAGUCAUGGAUCGAUCGAUGCAAACGAGGAAAAAGCGAAAGCACCAUCGACGUAAACAGAAGGGCUUUGGAAGGAAAAAGUUUCCAUCAGUUCUUUUUUGCCCUUCUCUAGAGAACAUUGAUGAAGACAAAGAAGUCGUGAUCGAUCCGCUACGAGCGAAGAUGCACUUCGACAAUCGCAAUCUCGCCUCCUUGCACAAGGAAAGGGCCCUUGGAGGAACGGUGAUUGAAGACGGAAGAAAGUUCCGCCACCGUUAUUACAAACGAGAGAAAGCAACCACCUGAAUUUGCUGAACUCUGGACAACUGAUCUACAAAUGGAUCGGAAAUAAUCGAUCGACAACUCAUCGGUUCAGCUUUGCAAAAAAGCUGAUGCAACUAGCUUCACCCCGCUACCGCAGGGUCAAGCCAAUUUCCUUUGCUAGAAAGAAGAGACCUUGAACGAACUGAACUUUGUUGCUCGGAGAAUUGGGUCUUCCCACUUAUUACAAGAACAAUUCUAUCGUCCAAGUUGUGCUUCUAAAGCAAGGGAAAAUGUAAAUUGAGAUCGUUCUUCGCUGCAGCGCAGAGAAGCAUGAAAGCCAAGCGUGCAAUUUCUCACGCGCCUAGAGUGAACACUUUAGGAAUUCCAAAAAGCAAGAACUUAAACUCGUUUACUUCAGAAAGAUCCAAAGAAAUGAUUUCUAGCGGAAUACGAACUUUAGAUCUAGUCGGAUUCCAAUUAUGAGCUAGAUACGAUUUAGUAAUUAAUGCUAAUGUAUUAGCCAAUUAUGGCGACCAAGCCAAUAGUCUAAAAUUUAUUUGGAUGCAAAAUUAAGUUUUACUUGUACAGCUCAUCUAAAGAAUUUUGACCAUUAGCUUCUCAGAGAAAAAUAUCUAGCUAGUCAAUAUUUAAAUCGUAAGAACAAUUACGACGGCCGUCUUUUAAAGAAAAAAAUAUUUAAUGUAAAAAAAGUAUUUUUAAAAGCAAAGAUACGUUCGCAGUUUAUGUAACUUACUAGCUUGAUUGUGAUUAUCACAACAAUUCAAUCUUGAAGAAUUGAAAGUUCUAAAUAAAUCAUUUGGCAAUUAA